CUAAUGUGUACAAAAACCUGGAGCAUCGUACUUUGAAUUUGGUGUUUUCCGAGUUCUUCUUUAUCUUGACAGCUACAAAUUAUUUAGUGUUAUUGAUUUACACAAAUAAAUAAGUAUUUUUCUUACAUUUGGCGUCUUUUCGCCUCGCCGUCAAGAGGAAUUCUUUGAUUUCCGUCAAUUCUCGUGGCUGCAAUGAGAAAAGUGGGGUUAGGAACCUGGAGACUAGCAACCACGUAUGCGCCUUGAAGUAUAACCUGUUGCAUACCUGCAACAAAAACAAAUUCUUAAAAAUCGAUCAGUUGAUUGAGAAACUAGAAUAUAGAAAUUCCAUAAAAGCAUGGCAGCUCAUCAAUUGUAGUUAAAAGUAAAUAUGAAUGUGCAAGCAACAUUAGUGAAGAGGAGUGUCGACUAGUCACCCUGAAACGGGCAGUAAACUUUGUAACAGCAAGAAUAAUCUUGUACCUGUGCUUGUACCUACCCAACACGUACUCGAUAAUUAAGGUAAAGGAUUAACUGUAAAAACCACUUCAUAGUAUAAAAUGCAUACAUAGAGGUUUGCAGCAGUGCCACUGUCGACACCGGUUGUGGAAUCUGCUCCCAAAGAACUUGAAACAUGCGCGAAGCAUAUCUAGAUAUUAAUGGUGUAGGAACGAGAGUUUCCACGUAUGGAAAAUGGAUUGAAGAAUCUGUAGAAUGUAAUGAAGAUAUUGUUAUCAUAAUUCCUGGAAAUCCUGGCAUAACAGGUUUUUAUGAUAAGUUUGCCAAGUUGUUGCAUGAAAGCCUGGGCUAUUCAGUUUGGUGCAUUGGUCAUGCUGGCCAUAAUAUACCAAAGGAAAGGAUCAGCCCUUUGCCUGCAUUGAAGGGCAAUGAGGAGCUUUAUGGUCUCAAAGGACAGAUAAAGAGUAAGGCAGAAUUCCUGGAAAAGUAUGUCCCAAAAGAUGGAAAUAUUCACAUCAUUGCCCACUCAAUUGGAGCUUACAUGGCAUUAGACCUAUUAAAACACCCAAGCAUUAGGGACAGACUUGUUGACAUGUACUUAUUGUUUCCAGCUGUUGAAUAUAUUGCUGAGACAAAAGGUGGGAAGAUCCUGAAUUGGUUUGCGAAAUACAUCUUAUGGCUGAUCAUCUUUAUGGCAGGAAUUUUCAAUCUAUUCCCCACAAUCCUACAAAAUAUUCUUCUGAACAUCUACAUGUUUGUAACUAGGACGUCAACGUCGCAACAUCGCCACAAUAUAAAAAUGUUGAUACAGCCGGCAGUAUUGAGAAGAGUUUUCUUCCUAGCAUUCGAAGAAAUGGAACAGGUCAGAGAGAGGAAUAACGUCGUUAUAAAAGAGAACGUCGAGAAGAUAAGAUUUUUGUAUGGAAAGAAAGAUCGUUGGGCUCCGUUUAGUUAUUAUGAAAAUAUAAAGAAAGAUAUUCCCAAUGUAGAUGCGCAUGUUUGUGGGCUACAACACGCAUUUGUGUUGAGACAGUCUGCAGAAGUCGCUUUGAUUGUUUCAGAUUGGAUUAAAUCCAAGAAGUAGUGAGAUUAUUCUAUUUAGUAACUAACAGACUGUAACGUGCAUUCGAGUUUAUUUUAUUUAUUAUAUGUGGCAAUAUAAUGUA